AUGUAUAGAAACGGGAUCCGAUGGAUUACCACUAGCACGGCGGCUCUGAAGGGACCCAGAAAUUAUGUGAAUCGAAAAACGGGACGUGGAUGUGGAAAUUCGGUUCUUUCAAGAUUCGAGUGGAGAUAUGAUAAGACAUUGGGCAAAAACUUCCAAAAAACGAUGGGCAUGAGAUACGGUAUCGAUAUGGGACUUGAAGAUCGACUUCUACUCGUCUCUCUCGGAACAAAACAACGACGUUUAGACGACAAAAAAGUUGUUCAGCUGAGCAGAAUCCUUGAGGAACGAAUCGCCGAAGUCGUCGCAACAGAUGAAAUGCUCGGGCGAUUACAACUUCAAAUUACUCGAGUACGAGUUGAUCGAGCUUUCACACAAGUGUCCGUUUAUUGGAUGUGUCGAGGUGAUGGAGAUUCGGAAAUUGUUGAUUUUCUGGAAGAGUCGAAACACCAGAUAAGACGACGAGUGGAGGAAUCCAUUGGAAUUACGUGUCCUGAAGUGAAGUUUAUCGGGGAUAAAGCAUUGUUGAUGGAACAGGAAAUGGACAAGUUAUUCCGUGAAGCAGAUUAUGGAAUGGAUUAUCGAUUAUUGAGUAAAAGUGCACGAGUUUUGGGAAAUGUGAAGGAAGAGAGCCCGAACAAUAGAAAUGUACCUAGAUGGUUGACUAGCAUAAAGAAAAAAGUUUAAAAGAAGAAAAUUAGUUGUAAUCAUUUGUUUUUAAAAUUUGUUUUUUAGUUUUUUAAAAUUUUUUUAAAUGAACCUUUUUUCAUUUUAAU